AUGUACGGUGUCUGGACCACGAUUGGUACGCUAGGGGUCGCUCUGGCCAUCUUCAUUGUUGAUAGAGUUGGGAGAAGAAUUAUGCUAGUCAUCGGCUAUCCUCUCAUGGCAGCACUUCUGCUAGGAGAAUCUCUUCUUCAGAACAGAUAUCUUGGCACCGAUGACCGUGGCGGCCUUGCGGCUUGCUUGCUCUUCCUCCUGAUGUUCAUCAUCACCUAUCAAUGUGUUGACGCUCCGACCAUUAUCUGGAUUGCCGAGAUCUGGCCAACUGCGUACCGUGCAAAAGGAAUCAGCCUUGGCCUUUGUUCCUAUUUCGUCGCUUCGCUCACGUAUACAGCACCAAGUGCUCUUGCCUUCAAAAACAUGUUUGUUCCCUCCUUCCAAGCCAUAUCCAAUGUCACUGUGCUAAAGUGUGCCGAUAGUGGGUGGCACAUGUAUCUGCUUUACAUGGGGCUCUGCCUGGUCUGCUUCGUCAUUGUUUACUUCUUCAUUCAAGAGACGAAGGAUUUACCUAUGGAAGAACUGGCUGCUCUUUUCGGGGACGAAGUUGUGGUACACAUCACCAAGGAUGGAAAGGCUAUCACUGAGGAUAGGGAUCUUGACAAGGUCAAGGAACUUCAAGUCGAGCAGGUUGAGACCGAGAAUCCUAUGAUGAAUCAAUCGACGGGCGCGCAUGAAACCGGUUCUCGUCACGUCGAGACAGUGGGGGCUUGA